CGCGUUCUUCCACCAUCUUGAACUAAACCCGCAGUGAGUGAAGAAGUCUCUUCCUCUUCUUCCUCCCGGAUCGAGAACCAGAACAACUCUUCAUCCCCGGUCCCGGUAAUGAACGGCUCACGGAACAAACCGGCGCCGACUGUCAGCAGAGCUCACACGGACGCGGACGCCGGCGCGGAGACGACGAACCACCGGGAGCGAAAGAGCGGCGGAGGAAUGUUAAAGAAGCUGAAGUCGAGGCGCAGUCAGGCGGAUAAAUGUCCCGCGGUGACCGAGGACGAGCUCCGGGCUCUGGGGACCGACAUCAGCCCGGACCACGUCCUGGGGCUCCGGGCCGUCACCCAGGACUAUCUGUGCAAACCCGAGGACAACAUCUACAACAUCGACUUCACACGCUUUAAAAUCAGAGAUCUGGAAACGGGAACGGUGCUGUUCGAGAUCGCCAAACCUCCCAACAGCGGUGCUGUGGACGGUGAAGAGGACGGAGCAGACGUGGACACCAGUGCGGGACGCUUUGUGCGCUAUCAGUUCACUCCGGCCUUCCUAAAGCUGUGUACAGUCGGAGCGACUGUGGAGUUCACGGUGGGCGACCGGCCCAUCAACAGCUUCCGUAUGAUAGAGAGGCAUUACUUCCAGGGACGCCUGCUCAAGAACUUUGACUUUGACUUUGGUUUUUGCAUCCCCAACAGCCGCAACACAUGUGAACACAUUUACGAGUUCCCACAGCUUCCAGAGGAGCUCAUUCGCCAGAUGGUGGCGCACCCUUACGAGACCAGAUCAGACAGUUUCUACUUUGUGGACAACAAACUCAUCAUGCACAACAAGGCGGACUACGCCUACAACGGCGGUCUGUAACAGCUGAAGGGAAGAAUGUGUGCAAUACUUCCCAGAGGAUUCAUUUCCUGGAUUACAGCCAUCCAGAAGCUUCUUCCUGGGGGGGGGGGCGGACAGAAGUUAUUCCUACCAGCGUUCUUUCAGAAUCAGCCGGAGGCACGUUGCCUUCGUGUGGAAC